AUGAUAGAAAAGGUCCUGAGCUUGAUAGAUGAGACGGACCAUGAAGAAAUUCACCAGCAAACCUGCCAAUGGAAGCAGCGGCAUCACUGUCCACAUCUCCCUACCAAGAUUUACGAUAAAAUAGAGAAACCAUGUCUUCUCUCCGAAUACACCGAGAACUACCCUCUCUAUCACUCUUACCUGCCCAGAGAAUCCUUCAAGCCCAAGCUGGAGUACCAGAAAGGGUCCAUACCCAUGGAAGGCCUGACCACAUCAAGGAGAGAUUUUGGGCCUCACAAAGUGUUACCAGUGAAGUUCUACCAGCCCGACCAGUUCGUCCGAAGUGAAGAGAACAUGGAUCUGCUCACAACGUAUAAACAAGAUUAUAACCCCUACCCUGUCUGUCGAAUGGACCCCAUCAAGCCUCGGGACAGUAAAUACCCAUGUGGUGACAAGAUGGAGUGUCUGCCUACUUACAAAGCUGAUUACUUACCCUGGAACCAACCAAGACGAGAGCUUCUUCGUCCAGAACGCCACUACCGGCCAGCAUCAACCAGGUUUGAUAGUAGAACUACACACCAGGAUGACUAUUCUGUAAAGGGCCAAGUGAACACCAUGAGCUGUAAGCCUCUGGCCAUGCCCAAGCUCUGUAACAUACCCCUGGAGGAUCUGACUAACUACAAGAUGAGCUACGUGGCCCACCCUAUGGAGAAGCACUUUGUGUAUGAAGCAGAGAAGUUCAGACCCUGUGAAAUCCCCUUUGAAAGUCUUACCACCCACAAAGAAUCCUACCGGGGCCUGAUGGGAGAGCCAGCCAAGAGCUUGAAACCAGCAGCCAGACCCUGUGGUUUAGACACACCUUUCUCUAACACCACUGAGUUUCGAGAUAAGUACCAAGCUUGGCCAACGCCCCAGAUGUUCUCCAAAAUUCCUGUCACCUAUGUCCCUCCUGAAGAAAAGAUGGACCUUCUGACAACAGUGCAGGCCCAUUACACAUACCCUAAGGGUGCCCCAGCUCAGUCCUGCCGACCGGUGCUCUCAGUCAAGAAGGGUGGCAGCCGCUUUGAAGGCUCCACUACCACCAAGGACGACUAUAAACAGUGGCCUGGCAUGCGCCCAGAACUAGUCAAGCCUGUUCCCCAGCUGAACAUUCCCACCGAGCCCUUGGAUUGUCUGACCACGACUCGGGCGCACUAUGUGCCCCACCCACCCAUCAAUACCAAAAGUUGUAAGCCUCCCUGGGCCGGCCCCCAAGGAAAUAUCCCUGUGGAGGGCCAGACCACAUACAGCAUCAGUUAUACUCCCAAGGAUAUGGGCAGGUGCCUGGCUUCCUACGCUGAGCCCCCUGGAUACAUCUUUGAGGAAACGGAUGCUUUGGGGCACAGGAUAUACAGGCCAGUUUCCCAGACAGGCUCUCUGCAGAGCAGCUGUUUUUCUGUAGGUGAUUCGGAAAACCCCAGCCAGCGGGAGUUGGCAGUGUCAGCCUGA